GAGAUCCAACCAUUCGGUUACCACCUUUAUAUCUUGCAGCAGUGUCAUUUUCGUUUCUGUGUUGUUCUGGUGUAAUAAACAUUGUCGCUCUUUUACUGAAAGUGUGGUAACCCAAUCUAGUCAAAAUGAGGUCCUUUUUCAGUAUCGCGUGUGUUCUGUGUGUGUCGGUGGCAGUUAGUUGGGCAGCUCCUGCUACACUUCUGGAAGCGGAAAACAGUUUUAUUUCGCCCAUAAACGAUCAGGCUCUGAUAUCAAAGCGCAUGAGUGAUUUAGUACCACGUGAUAAUCACUUGAGAAACCGGCGAUCUAUCGAAAUGCUGAGGAGAUUAUGUCCCGAACUGUUCCAGGUAAUUGAUCUCGUCAUCCAAAACUUGACAAGCACAAUCUUUCGGGUAGUAGGAGGAGCUCUACUUAGAUCUGGAGGUCUAGGAGGCGGAGGAGAAGGAAGAAGUUCAGUAAACGUUGUGUUACCAACAUUCCCACCGGAUGAAGAUUACGAUGACGAUGACGAAGAUGAGGAAGAUAAUAAAAUAGAUUCUGAUAAAUCAUCUAACACAACAACAACAACAACAACAGAAAAAAAUAGUAAUAGUGAAUCCAGCUCCUCAUCUUCUGUUAACGAAGAAAGUGAAUUAAACAGGCAAGUAAGGACAGCUAGAGAGGCGCAAGAUCAAGAUGCUGCGGCCUCGUCUAGCAAUGUAGCACCAGCACCUGAAAACGAUCUUUCGAACGUCGAAACCGAUGAUGCUGACCGAGAUAAAAGGUACUCGCCUUUCGGAGGGGACAGUCAUGGCUCUGGAAAUUUUCUAUUCGAUUUAGUUAGGUUAAUUACCGGUUCGGGUGCUCAAGACCAUUCAGAUGCAGGAGCAGGUGGUGUUGCCGAAAUUGACGUGUCACCACGAGCGGAGCACACCGAAGGAAUCCCCGGACCUAUUACGCGACUUUUAGUCGUUGCCAACAGGGGUAUUGCCAACCUCAUUCAAGACCUCAUUUUGCGCUUGGCCCAAACGAGUGAAAGAAUAGUUAACUUCAAAGCAAGACUCAUCACGGCCCUUAUCUAAAAAUUUCAACCUAAUAGAAUUCAUCUGCCAAAUUUCAGCAUUGCUUCGUCAACAUACAUACAUUACAUACCUAGAAUAUCCUUAGCUGGUUUUAGACAUCAAAAAUAGGAUAAUGUAUCGUCUCAAAAUUGUUUUUGAACUAAUGUAGGUACGACGCGACGCGCCAAGAGAGUGUGUCACUAUAAUAUUUUUUUUUAAGUAAAAGCUAAUGGAUACAUUCAUAUUUGGACUACGUAUUUUUUGAGACAUCUAAAUUCAGAAUAAAAUCCCUGUGCUCCUAGUGUAUUAAAUUAUUUAACUUUUUGUUACUAUUUUCUUGCUUUUUUUUGUGAUUAAUAAACAUAUUAAAAUUUA